AUCAGAACCAUCCUCUAUUGCAAAAUAUGAAGAUAAUUUAUUUAAGGAUUUAUUUGAAGACUAUGAAAGAUGGGUUCGUCCUGUGGAACACCUGAAUGACAAAAUAAAAAUAAAGUUUGGCCUUGCAAUAUCUCAACUAGUGGAUGUGGAUGAGAAAAAUCAGUUAAUGACAACAAAUGUCUGGUUGAAACAGGAGUGGAUAGACGUAAAGUUAAGAUGGAACCCUGUUGACUAUGGUGGCAUAAAAGUUAUACGUGUCCCUUCAGACUCUCUCUGGACUCCAGACAUUGUGCUGUUUGAUAAUGCUGAUGGACGUUUUGAAGGCGCCAGUACGAAAACGGUUGUCAGGUUCGAUGGCACUGUUAUCUGGACCCCACCGGCGAACUACAAAAGUUCCUGUACCAUUGAUGUCACAUUUUUCCCAUUUGACCUUCAAAACUGCUCCAUGAAAUUUGGUUCUUGGACUUAUGACGGAUCACAGGUCGACUUAGUUUUAGAGGACCAAGAUGUGGACAAGAGAGAUUUUUUUGACAAUGGAGAGUGGGAAAUUCUGAGUGCCACAGGCAGCAAAGGCAACAGAACCGACAGCUGUUGCUGGUAUCCCUAUAUCACGUACUCGUUUGUAAUUAAACGCCUGCCUCUCUUUUACACCUUGUUCCUGAUCAUACCCUGCAUCGGGCUCUCAUUUUUAACUGUACUUGUCUUCUAUCUCCCUUCAAAUGAGGGUGAGAAGAUCUGCCUCUGUACUUCGGUACUUGUCUCCUUGACAGUCUUCCUUCUGGUUAUUGAAGAGAUAAUACCUUCUUCUUCCAAAGUGAUACCGCUGAUUGGAGAGUAUCUGGUGUUCACCAUGAUUUUUGUGACGCUAUCAAUUAUGGUGACUGUCUUCGCUAUCAACAUUCAUCACCGUUCAUCCUCCACACAUAACGCCAUGGCGCCUUGGGUCCGCAAGGUAUUUCUUCACAAGCUUCCGAAACUGCUUUGCAUGAGAAGUCACGCAGACAGGUACUUCGCCCAGAAAGAGGAACCUGAACGCGUCUGUGGACCACAGACUUCUAGAGACACGCUGGAAGCUGCCCUCGAUUCCAUCCGCUAUAUUACCAGGCACGUCAUGAAGGAGAACGACGUGCGAGAGGUUGUGGAAGACUGGAAAUUCAUAGCCCAAGUUCUUGAUCGGAUGUUCCUGUGGACCUUCCUACUGGUUUCAAUUGUUGGCUCUCUUGGCCUUUUUGUUCCCGUUAUUUAUAAAUGGGCAAAUAUAAUAGUACCAGUUCAUGUUGGAAAUACAAACAAGUGAUACUUCUCAAGGGAUCACAGUAUGAGUUUGGUUACCAAAAGGCACACAUAUCUUAUGGAACCUUAUAUAAAAUUAAAAAUGUAAUGUUUAAAGUUUGAUGCAUCCUGUAACAGAUGAGCUAAAAUCAUCUCCUUAGUACAUUGUUCAUUAGAACAUCUACCCGUAUGAACGAA